GUGACAGAGCUUCAGGUGGAAUGGAGAAAGACAGACGAUGACGGUGACAUCUUGGUGCUUCUGUAUGCUGAUGGAGAGAACAGACCAGAGUCACAGGAUGAGAGAUACACCAGAAGAGCUGAAUUCUUCACUGACGAAAUUCCAAAAGGAAACUUCUCAAUGAAACUGUGGAAAGUCAGGAUGGAAGACAAAGGAGAGUUCAGGUGUGAAGUCCACUUAGAUACUGAUUCUGCCAAUACAACUGCCAGAAUAAUAGCACUAGGUUAUUCCUCCCUGCAUUGGCUGAUUCUGGGGCUGUGCAUCGCUGUCACACCUGCAGUCCUACUUACUGGGGCCUUCUCUCUUUGGUCUUGUAUAAGGGAAGGUAAAAGCAGACAGGCUCUGUUGUGUCACUGGUCAUGUGUCACAGUCCCACAGAUCAUGGUUUCCGCUGCAUUCAUCCUGUGGGGUGUAACUGAAGGAUCUGCAGGAGAGGCUGCCACUUGUACUGUCAUCAGUCUGCUGAUUAUCCCACUGCUGUAUAUUAUGGUUCCAUAUGUGGACUUAACAGACAGGCACCUCUGCGGGCAGCCCAGUGUUAUUGUUGCUGUGGAACACGUGGCCCAUGCUGCUUGUGCUGGACCCCAGCCAGAAGUUCUGGAAGAGUCUUGGGAGAACACGGAGAGUGCAAGCUGCCUGGAGAGAGCGCGGUGCACGGACAACGCUGACACUUCAAAUGCAUGUUUAAAACACAGACAGCGAAAAGAAACAAUUGGGGAGAUGAAAUACGUGACUGUGUCUGUAGGAAACAUCUUCGUUAUCACAGCUGUAUGUGCAGGUUCUCUCAUCGAGUUUUCAGCAAAAUUUUCCCCAACUUCAACUGAUAAAGCACUAUUUGGUGGCGUUUUGGGUGGAAUCAUAUUUGUGUUCAUCUUUUUUGUUAUAGUUCGAAUUGUCCGCUUUGCCCUUCAGGGAAAUGACACCUCAAUGGAAAUACGCGGCACCUUAGCAAAAAUAACUGGGAUUAUAAUUCUCUUCAUCAUGGUUUCAUCCAUAAGUGUUGUCAGUGUUUUCCUGGCAAAAUCUCACUCAGCUAGGAAAGAACAACUUGGAACAUUUUUAACUAUGUUAAUGAUUCCUAUCCUCAUGAUUUUAUUCCCAGUUGGUGUCAGUGUGUUUUGGAUACUACAUUCUCGAAGGACAGCUGGGAGAUUAGAACUCAAAGACAUUCUUAAAAUCUGGGCAUAUUUCAUUUAUAAUCGCAAACUGUUUAACAUGCUGUUACUUGCUAUUUAUUCCCAACUCUUUGCCUGGAUGCAAAACACAUUCAUAUUGGGAUAUUCAAUUCUGAUUACAUUAGCUGCUUUUGGAAUAUGUGCCUGCAUCUGUGUCAAGUAUUUUGUCUGGUAUCUUGCUAAACGUAAGCACUCUGAUACAUUUUUGAAGGGGGGUCACUAUUUGGCUCAGAAAAUCCUUCUAGGAAUUUUCUUCCUGCUUCAUCUAAUAUUAGGUUUCCAGUAUCUAAGUGUGAUUAUAGAAAAUGACAGAGAACGACCUAUAAAGAUGUGCGAAUAUGUGUUCAUCAACAUUCUUACUCUUACAUCAUGUUUUCAAGACUGGAAACGGGAGAAAUUUCUUGCCAAACAACGUAAAUUUCUAUAUUUCUCAGGGGCUUUUGGUCUCCCUCUCCUGAAUUCUGUUGCCCUGGCUGUAGCAUUAAAACUCAAAGCAGACACAGGAAAACAGCCAGUGGAUCUACGGCUGAUUGUCCUGAUUUCUGGGUCUGUCUUUCUCUUUAGCUGGUUUGUUAUACAGAUGUCUGCAUACUGGUCGGACAAAAAGAUACAAAUAAAAGAAGAAUUCGCCCAUUUUCAGAGACCCAAAGAUCCUGAGCCAGACCAGGGAUCAUGUGAGAAUCAAGAGAUGGAGGCAUCAUCACCUGCUGAUCACAAUGAACCAAGCGCAGAGCAGGUAUUACUGGGAGAGAAGAACACAGAAGUCUGAAGGAUCUAAAGAGUGUAAUUCUAUAUUUUUUGCCUACAGUCUCAAGUUUUCCAGAUCUUGUUCAAUCACCAAAUUCCUGGGUUAGUGGUCACCAGAUAAUGGAGGAUCUGUUACAAUUCAUUUUAUCUAAGGACUUGAGCGACUUUACUGGGCAGCAGAUAAGCUUUUUUAGGACAAGCUACACAUGUAUAUAAGCUAACCUUCAUCUACAGAGCAGCACCCUGGGAGUAUAUAUAGUCAGUCACCUCAGGAUAAAGUCAACUGUGAAGAUCAAUACAGGGUCCUUCAUGUCAUCCUAUUUAUUCUGAACUGAACUCUAUAUUAUGCUGUUGUUACAUGUUACCUUUCACCUCAGAAUAUCUGUUUUGCACACAAGCUUAUAUAGUUCAUUUCAAGAGACAUUGUUUACUUAUUUUAAGGACAAUCUUCUAAAACCAUUUCUAUGCAAAUAUUUACAUAUGAUGAUUAUCUGACUCACCUUUGCAGUGUUGUUUGCAUUGUUCAAAUGUACAGUGUUAUUACCAGUAUUCUGAGUAAAUCCAGAAACUUUCCUAUGUAAGUAUUUGUGUAUCAUAUGAUGAUUAUAUGACUUACCUUUGCAGUGUUGUAUGCAGUGUUGAUAUGUACAGUGUUAUUACAAAUAUUCUGAAUAAAUCCUCCCUGCUCACAGUCCCUGCUCA